AAUGAGGCAGUAGAUGUUGGGUGAGGGUGGGGGGCUGUGUAAGGCUCUGUCCUGGGGUCGCCGAAUGCAGCCCAGAGGUGCUGGUUUGGCCCCAGAUGCUGGUUUGACCCCAGGAGACCGGUUUGGCCCAUUGGGCUUGCGGUGGCCAAGGUGACUCCUCACCUGGGCAGUGGGAACGUGGGUGUGGGUGCCACCAGCGAGACCAGCACCCAACAGGGGGUGGGAUGCUCCACCAUUUGGCUCUGUCCCCCACCUCCUUCCUCCUUUUCAUCCUCUUGUCACCAGGUGGCAUCUCUGGCUGCUUCAGCCUCUGACCUCUCUAAAUCGUUCUCCGUUACUUGGGGACUGGUUGGUUGGUGUCCUCUGGGUCUGGAGCCACCAGGGAGCUCACUUCUCUUGUGAUUCCAGGUUUCCAAUGGAAACCUGGGGCUGGCUUCCACAGGCAGCUCACCACUUCCUAAAAUUUGCUGCUACUUGCCCUCCUUUCCCCUCCGUCCCCAGACAACCAGCGCCCGUAACCCCCCGCCGUACUGGGGGGAGGUAUUUACAGCUGGGGGAAAAAAUAACUCACUGAGAUGUUAAAUAGAGGAGGUACUGGAAUCACUGGAGCGUCCCGGUGCCCCAGGAUGGAGCCCAGGCUGGUGUUUGUGCCUCUGCACCUUUCUGGAGGCCGUGCCAUUGGGCUGAUGGAUCCUGCUGUGCCCUUGUCACCUCCAUCCAGCCAAGGACUGCGGGGUGCUGGGCUUCCCACCUCCCUCAGCCCCAUCUUCCUCUCGCCCUGCAGCCAAGAGCUUAAAAGGGAGCUCCGGGAGGCUGAUCCCACUCCUGAUCCGGGUCCAACCGUCGCCACCUCUGUUUCUCCUCCUUUGUCAGGCCACUUCAUUCAUAACGGGCAGCCCCCGAGGCUGCUGUGUCUGCAGAAGCGUCUCUACUUUAACCUCUCGGCGCUGGAGGAGGGCGAGCGCCUGACGAUGGCUCAGCUGGAGAUCAAAUUCAGCCACAACUCCUACCACGCCUCCAGCCGGGGACAGGUUUUCGAGCUGAGGCUCUACCAAGCCCCCCAGAUGUCUCUCAGAGGGAUGCCCUCCCAGGGCCGUGACCCAAAGCUGCUGGUGGAGCGCUCCUUCGCCCAGCUCCGCAAGUCUCUCCUCUUCAACCUGAGUGGGGUGGCCAAGGACUGGAGAACCUACAGCAGGAAUUUGGGCUUGAUCCUGGAGAUCUCGGUGAGCGGCGGAGAAGGUGCAUCGACCCCGACCAGCCGGGGCCUGCGGAGCCUCUGCGCCAGCAUCGACUCCUUCCUGGACACCUCUCUGCUGGUGGUGACCCUGAGCCAGCAGCAGUGUGAGGCUUCCAGGAGGAGGAGGAGGAGAAGCCUUCACCACCCUCCUCUCAUGCCCAGCAACCUCUGCAAGCCCCGCCAGCUUUACAUCAGCUUCAGCGAGGUGGGUUGGGAGAACUGGAUCAUCGCCCCCCAGGGCUACAUGGCCAACUACUGCCUGGGGGAGUGCCCUUUUCCCCUGACGGCCGAGCUCAACAGCACCAACCACGCCAUCCUCCAGACCAUGGUGCACUCCCUGGACCCCCAGGGGACCCCCCAGCCCUGCUGCGUCCCCGUCAGGCUCUCCCCCAUCUCCAUCCUCUACUACGACAACAGCGACAACGUGGUGCUGCGACACUACGAGGACAUGGUGGUGGACGAGUGUGGCUGCAGAUAGUUGUGGGGGGGCUCUGGGGGGUGUGGG